AGAAAAUAAAUGAAUUUUUAAAAUCAAUAAUCAUGUUUUAACCAAAUAAACAAUUCAGAAAUUGAAAGAUUCAUAUCAAAAUAGGAUAAUCUACACCGAAAAAGAAAAAAAAGUGUAAAUAAAAAAAGAGGAAAACUUGAAGAACUCGUACCAAAUUUAUGAGAAACAUCACAUUAGACUGUUGAGAAGACACCAUUUGCAAACCGCGAUUCUACGUAAGCUUCUCUCCAUCUUCCUCAUUCAGUAUGUUUCCUGAAAUCUACAGAGAUGAAAGGUGUAGCACCGUCCUCUUUUACUUCGCAGAUGAAAAUGGCUUCAGAGUCAGACGCAGAAGGAGGAGGUCACAGUGACCCAUCAAAUUUAUGGACUUUUGGGGUCCUCAAGCCUCCCUCCAAACAAAGAAACACAGUAAUUUUCCCAAAAAAUCACUACUUGGGAGAAACUGCAAAAGCUUUUUAUCAGUUAGUUAUAUGGGUCCAAGAAUUCUGGGCUCGUCGUCAGUGAAUCUUUUGAAAGUUGAUGAUGAUGCCAGAAAUCUUCUUGAACAAAUGGGUUCCAAUAAUCCAGGGUCGAAGGCUAUUGGCAUUGUUUCGGCCUACUAUAAAUAUAUGUCCAAUGGUUGAAGAAGCGGAUACUGGGUUAAUAGUGCUCUAUUGGAGCAUCAGUCGGGAUUUACAUUAUCGAGGCGGAGGUCCUGUAAAUGUUUUCACUGCUCGGUUGCUUGAAGGAGAUGCAAUUGUAGGGGACAUUCAAUUGAGUUACAUUGUAUUGUAGAAGUUUGUAUCUCAUAGAGGUGAUUGUGGAAAAUAACAAAUAACAAUAGCAAUUAUGUGGAGUGGUGAACGUAGAAGGAGUGCACGAAUACUUGAACUGGAAGCAAAAAAGACUCAGAAUAAGGGCAAGGCAACAUGUGAUGCAGCCAGGGAUGUUGUUACUGAAGAUUCCGACCUGACGCAGAGAAGAAAAAAGGUUAAGAGUACACCCGUCCAGGAUCUGGUUGCAAAUACAGUUGAGUGUCAACUGAAAAAAGAGGCUGGUAAUUCGAGCAACGAAGACCAUUGUACAAAUGACGUUUCCUUGUCAUCUGGUACUGUGUUACCAGAAAGAAGGAAGCUGGAACUGCUGCUUGGUAUAUUGAAAAGGAGAGACUUACACAAUCUAUUUGCAGAGGCAGUAAAUCCAGAAGAGGUUAAAGACUACUAUGAUAUCAUUAAAGAGCCAAUGGAUUUCGGCACGAUUUCAGCAAAACUCAAUGGACAAAGCUACAGAACACUUGAAGAAUUCGAGCAUGAUGUGUUUUUGGUAUGGAACAACGCAAUGCAUUUCAACUUGUCAACAACCACCUAUUAUAGACAGGCUUGUGCUAUAAGAGACCUAGCAGAGCGGUUGUUUGAUGCUUUGAAAAAUGACCCUGAGAACUUUGAAAGUAGCCAUUCCAUGACAAGACUGCGAGCCAGUAAGAGGGCUAAGACUGAAGUGAACAUUCAGAAUAGUUCUCACAGGUCAACGAAUGGGAUGGCUUCAAAGGGCUGUAGAGGUGAAAGAAGUUCUGAGCAUUCUGAAGUAGAUCAACAUGAAACCUACAGGCCUCUGAAUAGACUCCCCACUAUGAAUGAGUCAAUCGAGUCUACAGUCUAUUGCAGCUCAAAACAACUUGUGCAGACUAAGCAGAAUAGUAUUGGAUACCAAGAAAGCUUGAUGCAGUUUGUUGGGCCAACAGCUCAAAUGGUUGCGGAGCACAAUUCCACAAAAGGUGCUGAAGAUCUUAAUCCUCACAAUGCAACUUCCAACUUUCAGUGCCGAGCUCCAUGUCAAAUUCUUAAUGUGGCAUCAUCUCAAAUGGUUGGGCCAACAGCUCAAAUGGUUGCCAAGCACAAUUCGGGAAAAGGUGCUGAAGAUCUUAAUCCUCAUAAUGUGACUUCAAACUUUCAGCAUCGAGCUCUAGGUCAAAUGCUUAACAUGGCAUCACCUCAAAUGGUUGGGCCAACAGCUCAAAUGGUUGCUGAGAAGAAUUCAGACUUGAUUUGGCAGCAGUUCAAAAACAUUACCGAUCUUCAAACUGAAGAUCUUAAUCCUGAUAAUGCAACUUCAAACUUCCAGUGUCGAGCUUUAGGCCAAAUUCAUAAUGUGGCAUCAAUUAAUUCUUACAACACCAAUCCCUUAUCUGGGAGUUCCUCCUCUAUGAACUCCUUAUUUGGAGAUGGUAAAGGCAAGAAUGUGUUGAUGGCUGAUGUGCAUGCCUCCGAUCUACGGAGGGAAAUUGAGAACAUUCAUGGUCCAUGGCCAUUUCCCCAGUUUGUUUCUGGACCAAGUCAGAGUCCAGCCCUGGGCCCAAGUUAUCUUGGAGGUGGAGCACAUCAGUUUCAACCAGUGGCUGGUAGAGGAAGCACACACUAUGGAAGCAAUGUCGAGCAGGCAAGCCAAGGUUUGAAUUUGUUUAGGCCAACAGAGUUAGGGCCACAGCAACCUUUCUUCAACAAGCUAUUUGAACAGCAGAGUCAGAAUACGUCAACCUCUGGAACCAGCAGAAGUGCUAUAGAGUUAUCAGACAUAGAUGAAUGGUUAAGUGUUGGUCCUCAUCGAGACGGAUCAUCAAACACCCGAGCUCCUCCAGCAAGCUCUCAGGAGCAAGCUGCCACCGCGGGAACCGACGACUUCCCAUGGACUCUUCGCCUCUGAGGCAGGCUUUAUGAGUACUUUACAUGAAUAAACAUGUUUUCCGUAGUAUCGUAUGUUUCUUUCCUCAGAACAUGAGACCUUAUUGCUAUCCUUUGCUUUUAUGAACUAAUGGUGUGAUGAAGUUGCCUUUGUUUUUGGUUUUUCCUAUAAAAUCC